AUGGAGGCAUUUACUUUUGCCGUUUCCACUCAGGUGGACUUUCCGGUUCAUAUCAAGAUCGGCUCUUUGGAAGGAAAGCAAAAACAGAUUCCCUUCUCCGAGCUCCUUCAGCGACCGGAAAUACGACACAUUGGCUCGACCCAGAAUCCCGCUUCCGACCUGUUCGUCACGGCGCAAUUAUGGUCUGACUCCAAGCCAUUAGGAGUGCCGUUGCAGACAGCGUACAAGGCAUUCAAGAACGUUCGGGCCUGGAAUGAAUGGUUACAACUGCCUAUGUCUAUCAAAGAUGUGCCUUUCAAGUGUCAGCUGGCGGUCACGAUCUGGGAUCUGUCCCCCUUUGCGGGUGAGGGGACACACGGACAUUACAUUCCGUUUGGCGGAACAACCAUCCCAUUGUUUGAUGACGAAGGAAAACUGAAGACGGGGCGACAAAAAUGUAAAGUGUAUCGAAACAAAGCUGCAGAUGGCUUUUCUUCCACCACCACACCAUCGACCCCGCAUCCUAAACGACGCAAGGCCAACGCUCCCGACCCUCUUGCUCCUUCUCUGGAAGAGCUGGAGCUGGAACGUGUGGAAGUCCUGAUAAAGAAACAUGAGAUGGGCGAGAUACCUCGGAUUGAUUGGAUGGAUCAGAUGGUAUUCCGGCAACUAGAGAAGCUCAAGCUCGGUGCUGAAGAAGCUGCCAGAAAGCGGGCCAUUCGUUUAAAGGCGACGAAGCGGGCCUCGGAGGCUAACGGUGGUGGUGGUGAAGAAGACUCUGAUGAAGAAGGGCUCGAUGACGAAAACUUCACACUCUACGUCGAAUUUCCGCGCUUCGAUCAUCCAAUCGUUUGGUCCGAUUAUCAGUAUCCACCACCUCCCAUUUCAUCACAUCCUCAAACUGCUCCCGCCAAUAUGAAUCCUGCACUCAAACCUCUCCCAGAAGUUCGGUUUGGUCCCGGAAUUGAAGGUGCGGACGGCGAUGGUGUGAUCAGGAUAUAUGACCCCGAAGUUGGGCAAACGGGCAAUCCUUGUGAAGACAAACACAGGCGAUUGAUUCGUAGCCAUCGCACUGGAAUAAUGGAUCGCGAUCUGAAGCCAAAUCCUAAAAUUCGUGAUGAGCUUAAUACCAUUUUGUCCUACGAGCCAACGCAAGAUCUAACUGCCGAGGAAAAGGAUCUUGUUUGGAGAUUUAGAUACUAUCUUACUCGUGAAAAGAGGGCAUUGACCAAAUUUGUCAAAUCAGUUAAUUGGAAAGACGGUGGUGAAUCUCGCCAAGCAGUCGACAUACUUCCUAAAUGGACAGAGAUCGAUGUCGAUGAUGCGCUGGAACUGCUUGGACCCACUUUUGAUAAUGCCGCUGUUCGAUCUUAUGCUGUUGAAAGACUCCGAAAAGCCGAUGAUGAUGAGCUUCUUCUUUAUCUUCUCCAGCUGGUUCAAGCAUUGAAAUAUGAGGAUAGCGGUGAUGAGAACGCUGAGGAUAUCGCACAUGAUUCCUCUUUGGCCAAUUUUCUCAUUUCACGUGCUGCCAAUAACUUCAAACUUGGAAGCUACCUUCAUUGGUAUCUGAUGGUCGAGUGUGACGACGCUGGUCCGGGAACUUUGUCAAGUCAACGCCGGCUUUUCGCUCGGGUUGAAUAUUACUUCAUGACUGAGCUAGAGCGAUCCCAUCCAGAAAAUAGAAAGACUCUGCUGCGCCAAGGUGAAUUGGUCGCGGUCUUGUCCAAGAUUUCCAAGGAUCUCCGCUUCUCGCGAGAAAAUCGUAUCCUCAAGAUCGAGAAGCUAAAGAAGUACUUGAAAGACCCCAAGAAUGACCUCAUCAAUAUCGAUCCACCGUUACCGCUGCCAUUGGAUCCAGAUGUAUUGAUCACUGGCUGCUUCCCAGAGGAGUCCAACGUCUUUAAAUCCACACUUUCUCCUUUGAAUAUCACCUUUAAGACCUCGGAUGGCAACAAAUAUCCCAUUCUGUUCAAGGUCGGCGACGAUCUCCGCCAGGACCAGCUAGUCAUACAGAUCAUCAUAUUGAUGGAUCGACUUUUGCAAAAAGAAAAUUUAGACUUGAAACUAACACCGUAUCGCAUUCUUGCAACCAAUUCUACCGCUGGAGCCGUUCAGUUUAUACCAUCUACCUCCCUGUCUGCCGCCUCAGCCAAAUACAAAUCCAUUCUCGCCUAUCUCAAAGCCAACAAUCCCGAUGAUAGUGAGCCCCUUGGCGUCCGCAAAGAAACUAUGGACACCUACAUCAAGUCAUGCGCUGGGUAUUGUGUAAUCACCUAUCUUCUCGGCGUGGGUGACAGGCAUCUGGAAAACCUACUACUCGCACCGGACGGCCACUUUUUCCACGCCGACUUUGGCUUUAUCCUAGGCCGAGACCCCAAGCCCUUUGCCCCCAUGAUGAAGCUCUGCAAGGAAAUGGUCGAGGGAAUGGGCGGCACAACGUCGCCUCACUAUCUCCAAUUCAAGCAGUACUGCUUCACCGCAUACACCACUCUGCGGAAGUCUGCCAACCUCAUUCUCAAUCUGUUCAGUCUGAUGGUGGAUGCCAACAUCCCUGAUAUCCGAGUUGAGCCUGACAAGGCUGUUCUGAAAGUCAAGGAGCGAUUCCAUCUUGAGAUGACAGAGGAAGAGGCUAUCAGACAUUUCGAGCAGCUUAUUAGCGACAGUGUCAAUGCUAUAUUCGGUGUAGUCAUUGAUCGACUCCAUGACUUUGUACAGGGAUGGAGAGCAUAG